AGCAGACAGGUGCACUGCCUUUCCUAUUAUCAACUACAGUAGUGGAAGAAGCCUGGACUAUAUCUUUGCACAAUAUUUACAGUUAGUUUUCAAAGGAGAGAAAAGUAAAAAGGCGCACUGUGCCUUUACGCAUGGAAGUUGGAACCAGCCUAAACACAUUUACGCAUGGCUUUGUUUCGUCUUCUCGGAAGAUGCGUCCGGGCUUGUGAGAGCUCCCCAGGGCGUCAAGUGCGGAGUACAAAGUGAUCAACGAUGCGGGUCACUGAGCUGCUGCUCGGAUACUUUCUGGUGAAAAUUAUGGUGUGCGACGCGGAGGGCGAGCCGUCUCACACCGGGGACGAAUUCAUGCUGGUGACCGGCUUUAACGACUCGAAGGAAGGGGAGGUGACGGAGAGCCCGCACACGGAGGACAAGUGCCGCGGCUACUACGACGUGAUGGGCCAGUGGGACCCGCCGUUCGUGUGCCAGACCGGAAACUACCUGUACUGCUGCGGCACCUGUGGCUUCAGGUUCUGCUGCGCGUUCAAAAGUUCCCGGCUGGACCAGACCACUUGCAAGAACUACGACACCCCGCCGUGGAUGAUGACCGGAAGACCCCCGCCCAAAGUGGACGUGGCGCAGGAGUCCUCGAAGGAUAAAACCAACCUCAUUGUGUAUGUCAUCUGCGGGGUCGUGGCCAUACUGGCACUGAUAGGAAUUUUCACCAAGCUAGGUUUGGAGAAGUCGCACCGUCCACACAGAGAAAAUAUGUCAAGAGCUCUUGCACAUGUUAUCCGCCAUCCUGCCUCAGAACAUACGGAUGAAAUUGGACUUGGCCAGCACUACGAGAAUAUCCAGACAAGAGUCACACUUAACAGUCUACAUAGAAACCAGAUGAACAACGCGGCUCACACAGCGACGUUGCUAACGCAGCUGUACCCGGCCGUGGGUCCCCUCACUAGCCCGUACGAGCCGCAGCAGCCGGUACAGGACUUCAACACGUACGCCACGCUCAAGGCUGUGGCAGAGAAAGCGAAUGACAGCUUAUACGGCAACCGGCGGCAAGUGAUGGAGAUGACAACCAAGGGCAGCCUUCCCAUGGAAGCUGUGGAUAUGGAGCCAGAGCCGAGCAACCCAUACAGCCCACCCAGACAGAUGUCUUCAAAGCAGAAUGGAUACAAGUACAAAAGCUCCCGGAGCCACAGCUCCCAGUGGCUGGCCUACGGCUCCAGCCCUGCCACCAGCCAGGGGCUGCUGAGCUCCUGGGAGAACAGGGACAUGCUGGGGCUGCGACAGAGCUACGGAUCAAAGAAACUCUGCAUCAUAGAGAAGGAGCUGCACACAACUCGCUACAUGCCUCCACAGCCAUACUUUGUCACCAACAGCAAAACAGAAGUGACAGUAUGAGGGAGUGUGUAAGCACCGGGCUGAACCUCAGUCUGUAUUUAGGAGAAGCUGCUGACUGUGGGUGGGGUUGUUAGACAGCAGCAAGGACUGUAGUGUAUGUGGUGGUGCAUGUGAUGGGCAGAAUUAAAGACGGUUACUUAAGGUGAAGUGUACUGUCACAGGACGUGGUCUCAACCACUGUUCCUUAUUGGGCUCAGUAAUAUGUAGUCAUUGAUUGUCAAAUAAUCCAACUGCUUAAACUAAACACAAAAGUUAAUCAUAAGAUAUGUCACAAAUGCAGUACAGCCAGUAUAUACCAAGACAUAGUAUAUCAUUUCUAUUAAAUCAACAUUGUUCAAGUGACAAAACCUUCAUUAUUUAUCUAAUUGAGGAUAAGGGGCCUUUGGUUAAUUCAGUAUUGUUGAAAUGCUUAACUGGACAAUUUCUAGAUACUGUUUGGGCGCUGCUACACUGCUAGGUGUUGGAUCAAGGUGAUGCAUUUGAAUCUUUUACCCAAAACAAUUAUUUAUAUUUUGUCAAUGUAUUUAUUUUUGGGGAAAGGAACGAUCUAGUGUUCAGUUUAUCACACAAGUUAAUAAGGAAGAACACAGUUACCGGGGAAACUUGUUUUAAAAAGCUCAAAGCGCUUUUUUAAACUUUUGUUAAAUUGAUUAUCUGCUACAGAUUAUUAAUACUUUGCUAGCACUGCAAGCCUUAGAACAAAUGUGCAUGGAUUCAUGAUUUAGGACCACAAGGGAAAGUGACACAAAUCAAACAUAAAAAGAUUAUAUUAAAUGUGAUUUGUACUAUUAUGUAAAAAAUAGAGUCACAUAUGCACACAAAGAAAAAUCUGAUUUGUGCCACUUUUGACUACAGUUUAAGCGUAGAGAGCCUGUGCUUCUAAUAAUCCAAACCAUUAUUUGUUUUUUUAUGGUAUGUAAAGUCAUAGUACUUAAAAACAUGAGGGAUGAGUUGGUGAGCCAUGAGUAUGAGUAACUGACCUGAGUUAAUUUAAGAAAAGCCUUUGAUACAUACAUUUUUGAAGUAAGUUAUUCAGGUUGGUUUCUAAAAUGUUGUGCAGCAUCCAUUUUGGAAAGAUUCAUAAGCUAACGUUAUCAUUCAGUAUUUCCAAAAUAAAAAAGAGUCUGUUAGAACAAAACUAUUGACCUAAAUGACUUAAAAUCCAUAAAAAAGUAUUUUUUAUUUUGUGAAUGUAAUUUCACUUUAAAGUUGUAGAUGUCUCAUUUUUAAGGUAACCUUCCAUAUGCAAACCUUGUCAGUGCCAAUAGACAUCGCAUUGAUACGUACAUUUCCAUGGUUGAUAGAAGAAGUAGCAUUAGUAUUGAACCAGGUGUGUUUGGUGUAAUAGUGCCUCUCAUCAGUACCAGCAUGUGUGUGGUUAUGUUAGUUGAAGCCCCCGUAUUAGAACUGAGAUUAGUCUAAGUUAUCUGUUUAUCAGCUUGAAUUAAAAAAUAUUUAUAAUUUAUUUCCGUAUGAAACAUUUAUUGAAUGUAUCCAAACUGGCUUGUUUGAGACAAGUGGUUGGAGGUGAACAUUUCAAGUGUUGGAGGUGAAUAGUUCAUACAGUUGUCGGGAUGGGUGUACAAUUUUUGUGAAGCAAAAGUAAAAAUGUUAUUGGUCUGUUAAUAGUCAAACUAAUAUGGCACUUGGAGAUUCAAUGUCAAUGGUGCAUUCAUGCUCCUUGGGUAAUCCCAUUUUCAGAGUUGGGAAGUCGUUUUUUUUAUUACUUUGGAGUGUUAAUGAGUUUUGUUUUGGACUUUCUCAGUUUUGUUUCAACUUUCAUGGGAUUUUGUUUAUGUUUUUUUAACAACAAGACAUCUGAAAAUCAUCAGGGGUAGAGCUAGUUAACGUUAGCCAUUUGCAGCCGGUAAUUUUCUAAAAUAUAUUAAAAACAAAUGUAAAAAUAUUUUCAGACCUCACGUGAAUGUUGUUUGAUCUUUAAUGACAAUCAGGCUUGUAGUUAUUUCCAAAAAUGUUUCCUCCUUGAGGGAGCUACAGUAUAUUAAAUAGCUCUACUAAAGAUAUAGCACCAAUCAUUUGAAAAAAUAACAUUGUUGACGUACUUGGCAAAGUGUUUUUUAAUUAAUUAAGGUCCCUGGUGCAAUUGUCAUAUAUUUCAUGGAUUUCACAGCCAAGCAGUAUAAAAAGAUGCUCGCCUGCCUGCAAGUCUUACUCAUACGGUUUACUAUUUCAAGCAGCCAAGGACAAGGCUGCAUGCAUCACUGAUAUACAAGUGGGAAGUGGGAUCUGUUAGUACAGUAUACAGCAAAAAGGUAUUUAUGUAUCAACACGUCCAAACCAUAGCGGUUUAUAUUCUCACAGACUUCCAACCAAACUGUAUGCACUAUAUUUCAAAAUGUGUAGAUCUAGUGCACUGCACUGUCAUUUCACAUUGUUAUUAAACUCAGUGUCUUACAGUUAAAUGAAAUCUGAUAAUCUUACUAUUCAACUAUUAAUUCAACUGAGAUUUGUACAAACACUGUUGUAUAGCGACUAACAUUGAAUGAUUUUGAUUUGUGAAUGCAAAUUGUGUUAUUUAUAUAUUAAAGAAAUCACUGUUAUUAAAGGUGGGGUAGGUAAGUUUGAGAAACCGGCUCGAGAUACACUUUUUGCUAUAUUCCAU